AUCCUUGUAUUCUAUGCUCUAGACUGUGACUGCUCGUUUUCAGUUUUUCACUAUGACUCGAGGUUUUUGACAGAUAGCACGUAUUCUGGCGUACGAUUGCGCACAGUUGUAUAUACAUACAGUGAUUUAGCUCUACGUGUGGUAAAAGAUGUCCACGAAACAAUGAUUUAAUCGUCAGUAUCGAAUAUAAAAAAGUGAAGUUAUCGUACAUCACGAUAAAGGUGAACGUUGCACGCGAUCGAUUUCACCGUUUUAUCCAUAAAGUAGGCUCCUGUAGGAAUUGCGAGGACAUGUCCGAUUAUUUCUCGGAGAUGGGCUGGACGCCUCUGGGUGACGGAGAGGCGCCAAAUCACUUGAUUCAAAUGGCACGGUUCCUGCGGGAUUUCGGCGUGUGGGACUUGGUCGGGCAGGACACGGAACUUCCACCGCCAGCGUCGAAGGAAGCGGUGGCUAAUUUACCAGAAAUUAAAAUUGAAUCCAGCGAAAAACAGUGCCCGGUUUGCCUGAAGGAAUUCGAGACAGGCAGCAAAGCAAAAUUGAUGCCCUGCCAGCAUGUAUUUCAUCAAGAAUGUAUUGUACCAUGGCUAGAAAAGACAAACUCGUGUCCACUCUGUCGAUACGAAUUGCCAACAGACGAUGAAGACUAUGAAAUGUAUAGGAAAGAAAAGAAACGAGCAGUAGAGAGAGAGAAGGAUUUGGAAUCAUUGCACAAUUCUAUGUUUACAUAGUAAAUAGGUGAAUAUUUAAUUUUUGAAAAAUUAAAAUCUUUCUAUUUAUAUUCUGUACAUUAAGAAAUAUCACUAUAUUGAAAGUGUGCAGUUUACAUUAUUCAUUAUAGUUAAUGUCUUAAAUUACUGGUAGUAAAAAUAUAGUCAACUGAUUGUGUAAUCAAUGUAUGUAUAUCGAUAAGGUUUAUACUUAUUUAUUAAAGAAAAUAUCUUGUAUUUAAAAACUAUAUGUAAAGAAACAAAUUUAUAGGGAGUGUAUUUUGUACGUAUUUUCUGAAACACGACAUUGUGCCUCUCUGUUUCGUGAUGCGAAAGGUGAUUGAAAUAAAGAGACGUGAAUUAUUAAUAGGAAAUAAUGUUUAUUAUACAGUGUACAUAUUUAUUAACUUCAUUUAUUUUUAUUUCUGUUAUAAAUUUUAUAUUAAUAAUUGUAUUAUGUUUUUUUUGCCGAGCGACGAAUGCCUUGAUCAGUGUGCGCUUAGACUAUAACAAUCUCCGUAAAAAGUAUAGAAACUUCUGAUUUUUA